AUGGAACAAGCACCACAAAGAAUCGACUUCCCAAGUGAGGAGGAAAAGACACUCAAGUAUUGGGAUGAGAUCGAUGCAUUCAAGACAUCACUUGAGAUGUCAAAGGGGAAGCCAGAGUUCACAUUUUAUGAUGGACCUCCUUUUGCAACUGGCACGCCACAUCAUGGUCAUUUGCUGUGCGGAACGAUCAAGGAUAGUGUGACAAGGUUCGCGCAUCAGACCGGACACUAUGUCGAGCGUCGCUUUGGUUGGGACUGCCACGGCCUGCCCAUCGAGUUUGAGAUUGACAAGGCACACGGCAUCCGCACGCGCGAGGACGUGCUGAAGAUGGGUAUCCCCAGCUACAAUGCCAAGUGUCGUGCCAUCGUCAUGAAGUACAGCGAGGAGUGGAAGACCACCGUCAGACGCAUUGGUCGUUGGAUCGACAUGGAGAACAACUACAAGACCAUGGACUUGUCCUACAUGGAGUCAGUUUGGUGGGUGUUCAAGCAGCUGCACUCCAAGGGUCUGGUGUACCAAGGCUUCAAGGUGAUGCCCUACUCCACCUCAUGCACCACGCCUAUCUCCAACUUUGAAGCCAGCUCCAAUCACAAGAACGUUAGUGAUCCAGCUGUUGUGGUAUCAUUCCCGUUGGUUGGCCAAGAGGACGUGUCUCUUGUGGCCUGGACCACCACCCCCUGGACUCUGCCCUGCAACCUCGCACUAGUAGUCAAGCCAGACAUGGACUAUGUCAAGGUCCACGACUUGGUGCGCAAGCAGACCUUUGUGAUGGCCGAGGCGAGACUGUCGCAGUUGUACAAGGAUGUCAAACUUGAUGCCAACAACAAGGAGUUCAAGCUUGUCGAGCGGCUCAAGGGUGCCGACCUUGUGGGCCUGCAGUAUGUGCCUCCCUUUGACUACUUUGCCACUGAUGCCAACAAGGGUGCGUUCCGCGUUGUUGCCGGAGACUUCAUCACUAGCGACGCUGGCACAGGUGUAGUCCAUGCCGCACCAGCAUAUGGCGAGGACGACUUCAAGGUCUGCCUGGCCAACGGCAUCGUUACCAGGGAUGACUACAAGCGACCGGCAAUGAACGCAGUAGACGCCAAUGGAUUCUACUCGGCCGACAUCAAAGACUUUGUCGGACGAUAUGUCAAGGAUGCCGACAAGGAUGUGGUCAAGGCACUCAAGGAACGUUCCCGUCUGGUCCAAAUGUCAACGAUCAAACAUAACUAUCCCUAUUGCUGGCGUUCAAACACUCCAUUGAUCUACCGUGCAGUCAGCAGCUGGUUCAUCCGUGUUGAGCAGAUGCGCGACAGCUUGCUAAAGAGCAACGAGACCUCACACUGGGUACCCAAGUUUGUCAAAGAGGAGCGCUUUGCCAACUGGCUCAACUCGGCCGUGGACUGGGCUGUGUCUCGCAACCGAUACUGGGGCACACCAAUCCCGCUGUGGGUGAGCGAGGAUGGCGAGGAGCAAGUGGCCGUCGGCUCUGUCGACGAGCUGGAGCAGCUGACAGGCGUGCGAGUGACCGACCUUCAUCGAGAGUUCAUCGAUCACCUGACCAUCCCUUCCAAGCAGGGCAAGGGUGUGCUGCGACGUGUCGAGGAAGUGUUUGAUUGCUGGUUCGAGUCGGGCUCAAUGCCCUACGCGCAGUUGCACUACCCCUUUGAGAACAAGGAGCGAUUUGAGAAGAAGUUCCCGGCCCAGUUCAUCGCUGAGGGCAUCGAUCAGACACGUGGCUGGUUCUACUCAUUGUUGGUGCUCUCAACGAUCCUGUACGACAAGGCACCGUUCCAGAAUUUGAUCGUCAAUGGGCUGGUCCUCAAUGAGAAGGGUGAGAAGAUGUCCAAGAGUCUGAGGAACUAUACCGAGCCCAAGCUACUCAUUGAUCAGUAUGGAUCUGAUGCUUUGCGAUUGUAUCUCAUCGACUCACCCGUGGUCCGUGGCGAUGUACUCAAGUUCAAGGAUGAAGGUGUCAAGGAUGUCCUCAAGAACCUUCUCCUGCCAUGGUACAAUGCCUACCGAUUCACCGUGCAGAUGGCCCUGCGCCAUGAGAAGUUCACAGGACGUCCCUUCGUCCCAGACCAAGCCAACGCACUGGCCUCCACCAACACAAUGGACCGAUGGAUCAUGGGACUUUGCCACGCAUUGAUCAAGGCAGUUCGCGAGGAGAUGGCAGCGUACAGACUGUACACGAUUGUGCCACUGUUCACCAAGUUUGUCGAGGAGCUGACUCGUUGGCACAUCAGGGUGAACCGUGAGCGCUUCAAGAACCUCAAGGGCGAGGCCGAGACUGUUCACUCAAUGAACGUGCUCUAUGAGGUGGUCUUGAAGGUCACGCUGACCAUGUCACCUUUCACGCCCUUCCUCUCCGAACACCUGUACCAGAACCUCAAGCGCGUGCUCCCCAAGGAGAAGCAGAUGGACUCGGUGCAUUACGAGAUGAUCCCAGAGGUCAACGAAUCAUUGAUCGACACGCGACUCAAUCAAGCUGUGGCCAGGAUGCAGACUGUGAUCGACAUGGGUAGAUCAUCACGCGAUCGCCGCAACGUGCCCAUCAAGACACCUUUGAGGGACUUUGUGGUCAUGUCUGAGAACCCUCAAUACCUUGAGGACGUCCAUGAUCUAGAGCAGUAUGUCAUCUACGAGUUGAACGUGGAGAAUGUCGUUGUACGACCACAUGACAAUCUCACAACAUUGUUGGCCGAUCCCGAUCACAAGCGUCUCGGUCUCAGACUCAAGAAUGACAAGAAGGCCGUGUAUGAUGUGAUCGCCAAGCUCACUCAGGACGAGUUGCACCAAUUCUCCAACACUGGCGAGAUAACAAUCAAUGGAUAUGUGCUCACAACCGAGGACAUCAAGUUGGCACGACUGUACAAUGGUCCAAAGGAGAGAUAUGAGCCCACAAGCGACAGGGAAGUGACUACACUCUUGGACAUGGAAGUUGAUGCUGAGCGCGUCAGUCGUGGAGUCGCACGUGAGGUGACCAACCGUGUACAACGCUUGAGGAAGAAGUCCAAGCUACUCCAGGAUGAUCCUUUGAACGUGUACUAUUACACCAAGGACGCAGCUAUCACAGCAGCCAUCGCACAGAACCAAGACUACAUCCUCAUCACCGUUGAGCUUCCUCUCGUGUUCACCGAGCAGCCACCAGCCAACUUCUUUGCCAGUGAGCUGGCGACAGUGUCCAACAAGGAUGACUUCCAGAUCUGGUUCACCAAGUGA